AUGACCCCAACUGAGGUCCCCACCAUCGGUCCGGAGGAGCCUGACCCAUUUUACUAUGACUACGCCACCGUGCAGACCGUGGGCAUGACCCUGGCCACCGUGAUGUUCUUGCUGGGCAUCAUCAUCAUCAUCAGCAAGAAAGUAAAGUGCAGGAAGGCGGACUCCAGGUCUGAGAGCCCAACGUGUAAGUCCUGCAAGUCAGAACUUCCUUCCUCAGCCCCUGGAGGUGGCGGCGGCGUUUAAGACCGGCCUGACAGCUUCCUCUGCUGUCCCUGCCUGGAUUUGGGACCCGGACGACCCGGUGAAGGCGGUGGGGACCCCGGCCUGGUGCUGGGGAGUGCUCCCCGGAAUGAGCCGCCCCACCCAUCCCAAGGCUGGAGCCCUUGCACCCCGCUGUCCCUCCCCAGGCCUUGGCAAUACCCCAAAGAGCCCGUCUGCACCCCACACCCAGGGACUCAGGCCUCCAGCUCCUGGAACCCCCCCGGCGUCCGGCCCCAGCCCCCCAGGACGCCCGCAGCGCCCUGCACCUCACCGUCUCCGCCCGAGGCCUGCAGCCCCCACGUCGCCCCGGCGUCCGCGUCCUGAGCUUAAUAAAC